GGGGUAACUGCGGUACCAGGUACCGUUGUCUCGCAGUGGGGGGCUGGCUGGGCGGUAAACACUGCCACCUCCUGGCCAGGCGACUUCACGACUGUCUACCGCCCUUCAGGCAACAAGAACGACCAACCGGACGACCUCCAAGCCGCGCUACGAAGGUUCCAGCAGCAUUUUACCAGAAGCCUCAGUUCAGUUCAGUCUUCAGAAGCUACCUACCUUGACACCCCGCACGCAGCCGCACUCUGCUACGCCGCCCCUCCCGAGCUGUCACUGAGCUCGCAACGCCAACAGGAACAAACGACGCACAGUCACCGCGGCCAUGGCCAACCACGCAAAAGAAGAAGAACACGAGGGCGCCUCGACCCGCGAGCUGCUGAUCGAAGCCUGCCGGCGCAACAACACGGAGCUGCUCCUCGAGAUCCUGUCCAGCCCGCCGCUCAAAGAUGAUGAGGCGGCGACCGCGGAGAUCCUGAACACCACCACGACGGUGCUCGGCAACCACCUGUACCACGAGGCGGCCCUGCGCGGCAACUACGAGGUCAUCGACCUGCUGCUGGACCAGCCCGGCUUCGAGUGCGACCCGGUCAACCGCGUCGAGGGCGACACGCCGCUGCACAGCGCCGUGCGCUGGAUCAACAGCGAGCCGCCCGCCCAGCGCGAGUUCGGCAACGCGCUCGUCGAGAUGAUGCUCGAGGCCGGCUCGAGCCCGCGCGUGAAGAACAAGGGCGGCCUGACCCCGCUGCAGCUGGUCGAUCCGCAGAACGAGGGGCUCCGGGAGCUCAUACGCAAGCACGAGUAUGCCGCCCUGAACGCGGGCGAUUUCGUCAGCGCGGAGGAGGUCAAAGGGGGGAGGGAGGCGCUGGCCGGGAAUGGGGGGCCACAAGAGGAGGAGGAAGAUGAGGAUGCCGAGUUCAGCGGGAGUGAUGAGGAGGAGAGAGCCGAGUGGGAGAGGCGGCGGAGGGCAAAGAGGGGGUGAGUGGAGGGGGCAUUCGGGAUCGAUGUGGAGGCUGUCCACACCGGCUGGAUAGGUGUGUGCUCUCGUCUAGGCGAGCCGCCGAGACACUGAUCUAGGUAACUUGGCGGUAUGUAAUGUUGGCGGGCCAAUAGAUUUUC